UUACGAGAGAGUAGACUCAGUACCAAUGUGGCGAAGGUGCCUACGAUAUCGUCCUCGUUCCAAGGACUUGAGGGCUUUUAACCCACUUCGUGAUAAAAUUCGACAAAUACCAGGCUGUGUGCAAAGGAUCUGCACUCCUGGUCCUAGUGGUGCUCGUGGCAAACAUGCAGUGUCAUCAAGGUAUGUAGAAACCAAGUCAAACACGUUUGUAGAUGCACUUCAAUAGGAGGUGAUUAUUGAGAGCAGGAAAGCAAACACUGACAUUUCUCGUUAGUGGCAGGGAGGUUUCCAAAGCAACCGCUACAUUCAUUAAGGCCGUAAGGGCACGGGGCACUAGAAAUAAUCCCCUUGCGUCAAAUUCAGUUCCCCGUGUACAUCCGAUCUCCCCGAAACCCGUCGACCCAGCCCCAUCCAGGGCGUUUGCCAAAGAGUCAAAUUUGAAUGCGGCAUAUGGCGAGCCGGAAAGCGCGAGAGUAUAUGAUAUCAACUAUAACCCUCGUCAAUCAUAUACGCCAUUACAACCGAAUCACAUGAUUGGUAUGGCUUUAACCACAACACAAACAGUACUAAACUAUUCGAACGGCCACGGAGAUACCCAUGACAAAGUCCAGAAAAAAGUGAUAAAGAAAGCCACGAGAGUGUCAAAUCCCACGGCACGUCCACUUGGAUUACUGCAGAUAGAUAAGGGCACAACGGGUAUCAAACCGAAAGAUUCAGAUCUGAUUGGCCUUGUAGACAUCUCUGCAUUGGCGCCGGAAUAUUCUUACCGCCCGAGAAGGACGCCCGCCGUGCAAAAGCGCGCGACCAACACACACGAAAUUCAGCAUCACCCUUUGCCACAUUCAGCCUCGACGCAUAAUUCGGUUCCAAUGCUUGAGGUAAAAGCUUCGGAGCAAGAGCAGGAGAAGGCGGUGGAAGCAACAACACGUCCAGGUUUAUAUUCACAAAAAUCUAGUACGCCAAGGCAUUUAAGACGACGUGGGCAGGUUUGGGAUAGAGUAGAGACGGGGGACAGCUUUCGGGGCGAUGAAGUUACUAAAGGAUUCGCUCUAGAUCUAGGACUCAGUUGAGUUAUAGAGGGAUCCCAAAGUAAAUUGUUUUUGUAUAGUUGUUGGCUGAAUAUAUCAAAGCUGUUUCAUUCCCACGAAGAAUGCAUUGUAUUCUUUCAGGAAAUGUGGCUUUGUAAGACUUACUUACUCCUUACAUAUGUUAACGCUCACAAUCUCGUGACGAAAUCCCGAGAUAAUUUUACUCUGGUAAGUCCCUAGUAGUUGAUGGUGGCCGAACAUGAUAGUAGAUGAUGGAUAGAUUGCUU